CAGAAGCAGCGUGGAGGCCAAAUCAUGCUCGAUUAUGCUCGCUUUCACAACGGACUGGAACUCGAACUCCCAGAAGACCAAGAUUUUACCGAGUACUCUGCAGUCCCCCGCAGAGGCUACUACGUGAGACUCCGUCAGCUUCGAAAAGAAGUAAAGAACAAAGACGAUCCGCCGCGGCCAGUAUCGCGCAUGGCUCCGGCGCCUUGGGUCCCGAGCCCUCAUAACGAUGCAUUCCCCAACAAGCCAUACUGGGCUGGAGAUGACGACGAGCAAGAGGAUGAACAGGAAGAGAAUCAUGGCAGGCCCAGGAAGCGGGCGUGCACCAAAUCGAAUAUGCCUACCAAGAGGCAGCGAUUCUACAAGAACUUCUUUCCUCUGUCUCAGGAAUUUAUACUCCCAGAAGACGAAUCCGACGAAGAAGAGAUUCCUGAAUAUAUCAUUCAUAAGACGCCACCCACUUUCAUGGGUAUCCCGAGGGAGAUCAGGUUGCAAAUCUACCGCAGCAUCCUCACCGUCCAGCAGCCCAUUCAAGUCCACAGCGGAUGGAAACAACUCUACUGGAAGGAAGAUCUGCAAUUGUCGACUGGCAUCCUCAGGGUUUGCAAAUCCGUGUACGAGGAGGCCUGCACCGUGCUCUACGGGGCAAACACCUUCUUGUACCUCCUCCGCGAUCCAUCCUCGUCCGACGCAUCGGCCAUUGACAGCUUAGCCACGGACGACUCGUGGCCUGUAGAUGACUCCUCCGACGACAGUGACUUGGACUAUGAAGAAGAGGGUGCCUCAAAGUGCCCUGCCCGUACUCAGAAAGAGCGCAACAUCAACAUCGCCAAGUAUGCGCACCUGUUCCGCAAGAUCACCAUCAUGGCCGAGGCAAACAGGUACUCGGCCUGCACGCAGGCAGGCAUGGCUGCGGCCAUCAAUGUCUUUGCCAGAAAGGUCGCCAAAGACGGAAUCGGAUGGGAGCAGGGGUCCGAUUACAUCCAAACAUUGAUCAUCAGCGUCACGCCUACCUCCCAGCAGGGCAACGAGGACCAAGAGUCGAACUUUACUUUUGUGAACUUCUUCGUCCCGGGAUGCCCUGUACUUUCGGCCAUCAAGGCCGUCGACUGUCGACUGCUCAGAAUCGAGGUGCUGACAACCCGCGAGACGAGGAGGGGCAAGACGUGCUCCAUGAGCGGAACCAGUUCGUACCGUCUUGACAUUAACAGAAUCCACGAGCGACUCUGGGACGACCGAAAGCGGAUUGGCUCAGAGGACAAAGGGAGUUGGGCGAUACCCUGGAUGAAAUUGGCGAAGCAGAGUGAGGGAAGGAUUGACGAGCUGGCGAGGCACAUUACCGCGUUCUGUAAGCAGAGGGGCUUUGAGCAGCAGACGACGGAGGGCAUGGAUAUUGACUCGCCCUACUGGGAUGAUCUCAAGGAGGACGAAAAUGAGGAU